UUCCUCUAUGUGCUGCCACGUCUGAACCAGCAGCAGCCCCGCUUCCUGUGGAGGACACAGCUGAACGGACAACAGCGGAGGAGAGGGACAAACUUGAAUAAAUUAACGAUCUGCCAUGCCGCCCAAGCUUCCUAUCUUCAUCCUCAUUUCUUUCCCAGUCCUUCUGGUACAGGGCAGCGCGGCUGAUUCAUCCAAAAAGAGCCCUGCUGCCCCAACCAGCACUCCACCCCGCCCACCUCCUCCUCUGGGUGACCCCACCUGGGAUCUUGGUUUGCAUCUGUACCGGGCGCUCCGCUCUGACUCGAGCUCUGUAAACACCCUCUUCUCCCCUCUGCUACUUGCUUCCUCGCUCGGGGCGCUGGGUGGAGGUUCAGCGGGCGCCACCUCCAGCCAGCUCCAAGACCUCCUCAAGACUCCAUCCAUCGCCAAGGCUGGGGAGCUCCUGUCCGGGGCGUUGAAGAGCUUCACUGCAGCCAAUGGUACCAGCUUUCACCUGCACACAUCCUCGGCUCUGUUUUCCAAGCAAGCUCCUCCAGUCAGCCAGGCAUUUGUGAAGGAGAGCCAGGCCAGGUUCGGACUGCAGCAUCAGCCACUGGGAAAAGGUGAUUCCAAGGCUGACCUAAAGCAGCUCCGUGGCUGGGCUAAAACUGGGCUCGGUGGGCUGGAGGAAGCUCCUUUGGCAGAUGAUAUCCAAGCUAAGGCUGGCGCUCUGAUAGUGGCCAAUGCCCUGCGCUUUAAAGGGCUGUGGGAGAGAGAGUUCAGCGGUGAGAGCACAGAUCAUCGUACCUUCUUGGGGAAGAAAUACACCAAAGUGAUGAUGAUGCACAGAGCAGGUUUUUACCGUCACCAUGAAGACAUUGAAAACAUGGUACAGGUCUUGGAGGCGCCUCUAAGCGGGGGCAAGGCCAGCAUGGUGCUCCUGCUGCCCUUCCACGUCGAGAGUCUUGCGAGGUUGGAGAAGCUGCUGACCCUUGAGCUGCUGUCCAAGUGGCUGGAGAAGACCAAUAUCACCAGUAUGACCAUCUCAAUGCCCAAGGCGAACAUCACCAGCACACUCAGUCUGCAGAAACAGUUGUCUGCUCUGGGCUUGACUGACGCUUGGGACCAGAAGGCUGCCGAUUUCUCCGGGGUGUCCGACAAGGGCAAGGGGAAACUCCACCUGGGUGGGGUCUUGCACUGGGCUUCCCUUGAGCUGGCUGCUCAAGCUGGGAAAGGAGCCGCAGAUCUGGAGGAGGAGAACAUAGAAAAGCCCAAGCUGUUUUAUGCUGAUCACCCCUUUAUCAUUUUUGUUAGAGACAACGCUACCGGCGCCCUGCUGAUGAUGGGAGCUCUGGACCACGCAGAAGGAGAAUCCAUUCACGAUGAGCUGUAAUACCCAUCAACAUCUAUCCCUUCUCUUGUCUAUUUUGGCUCUGUUUCUUACACUCUUGCUCUCAAAGACAACACUGGUUUCUAAGUCGAGACAUUGUCAUUCACUGUGGCACACUAUCACAUCAGACUACGGCUGGCUGUCAUACAUUGACACUGCAUAGUCUGGCACUGACUGACACUGACACUGCCAUACCCGACAGUUACACACACACACACAUACAGACACCUACAUGGCAUACAUAAAAAUACAGUACAAGACAUUACUAAAGUUGACAGAUACAGCACAAAAACUUGGAAAGACUUGCUGCAUUGUCUCUCCCGCGCACACACGCGCGUGCACACACACACACACACACACAUACAUACAAGGCCUCAGUGAUCAAGUCGACACAAAACAAAAUGACAAGAAUGCACUGACAAACACAAAGAUGCUGACAUGCAGAAGUGGUUGCACUCACCCAACACUUACAGCAGCAUCAACAAAGAACUUAACAAAUAGAAGCUCGCAGUGACACUUGAAUCCUCCCUGUCAGGCAGACACAAUGGCAGAUGAGUGUGUGUGUAUGUGCACGGUUGACCGACAGAUCAAGGGUGCCCACGCGGCUGCGCUCGGUGCUGGCGGGGACCUAUGGCGGAGUCCCCUGGGCUACAUCAGAGGAAGACUGAUGGAUCGUCCAAGUGCUUAUUGAUGAGCCAGCUUAAUGCUAAUGGCCGUAAUGAGUCACAACGCUUGUCAACAACACGGAGAGGACGGGGGAACCUUUUAAUCUCUUAAUACCAUCAGGGAUCAAUGACACCGUUAUGCCGCUGGAACCAAACAUGACUGACAUCGCUCGACUUAAAUGUAACAACUUAAUAUUUAGGGUGAUUACAGCAGUUCAAAGGGGUAUGGAUUUCCAUUUGUAUAUUUGUUUUUUUAAAGCACCUGAGGGGAUUGAUUUGAUAUGUGAGUGAACUAUAGAAGCAAAAGUGAUUGUUUGAUAUUUCAUAUGGUGGGUUUUUUUUUUAAAUAAAUAUUUCUAUUUGAUACAAACC